UCUUCGAAGAUUUGUCACAAAGUUUCGGCCACAGGUUGAGUGAUUGCUGUGGUCCUUGUUUGUCAACACACGAUGGAUGGUACAUAUCUGAUAUUUACCUAACAAUGGGUUGAGGUUCUCAACAAAACGACAGGUAUAUGUGGAUAACCACCAUGCAAGAUUAUCUACAUCAACUUUAAUUAACAUCAUCAUUGUGGUUUGUGAUUAUGUUUCCUUAAGACGGAAAUAACAACCUGGUGAGAAUUAUAGCUUGUGAUACACAGUCUGAUUGUACUGAGUGUUGAGUCUGUGACUGAGUGGACCAUGAGAGAAGAGGAAGUGGAGAUUGCCAUCAAAGUGGUAGUGGUGGGCAACGGUGCUGUAGGCAAAUCUAGCAUGAUUCAGCGAUAUUGCAAGGGGAUAUUUACCAAGGACUACAAGAAAACUAUUGGAGUUGAUUUCUUGGAGAGACAAAUUGAGGUGAACCAGGAAGACAUCCGGCUGAUGCUGUGGGACACCGCGGGACAGGAGGAGUUUGAUGCCAUCACUAAAGCCUACUACAGAGGGGCUCAGGCGUGUGUCCUUGCAUUUUCCACCGUAGACCGGGACUCCUUUGAAGCCAUUGAAUCAUGGAAAAGAAAGGUAGAGGAGGAGGUUGGAGAGAUCUCCAUGGUGAUUGUACAGAACAAGAUAGAUCUCAUAGAUGAUGCACUGGUCCAGACGGAGGAGGCUGAGGCUCUAGCCAAGAAGUUGAGGCUGAGGUUUUACAGGACCUCUGUUAAAGAGAAUCUCAAUGUGGACGAAGUGUUCAGGUACUUGUCCCAGAAAUACUUGGACCGCCUCAACAUGGUGAUCGAGGAGGACACAGCUCCACAGAAGAUUGGCCAAGGUCUGAUCCAAACGGAAACCAAGAACAACCACAAAGACAAAGAAAAGAAGAAACAAAAUGAUACGAUAAAUUUACAACCGAGUAAGAGACGGACUCAUGGCAAAAAGUCUCUAGUCGCAAAUAAGUGUAGUCUGUUGUAGCGACCCCUGUGUAUCUAUGUACAGUCCCAGAUGUGUUAGAAGAAUGACUUCACGGUCAGUCCCCGUAAUCCAGCAGCAGAUUGUGCCAGAACCUCUCAUCCAGCGGUUGACCAUGCCAGACCCUGUAAACAUACAGUAGAUUGUUUCACACUCACUCAACCAGCAGUAGACAGUCCCA